AUGUCGUACUUUCAAAACCCUUUCCUUCCCUGGCUUGGCCCCAGCCCUUGGCCCUCUGGAAACAUCAUCACCUCCAUCACGACCACCCCAACACCCACCACCGAAAUGUCGCCCACUCCGACCAUGACCGCUAUCCCCGCCCCGGCCGAGACGACCGAGUUUCUCAAGACUUGGGCCUACGGAGAGCAGCUCGGCAUCCUCAAGUGGUGCAAGGGCAUCGCCGGCGGCGUCGCCGUCGCCCUCCUCCUCGCCGCCAUGUUCUGCUGCUGGGCCCCUUGCAUCUACUGGUACUACGGUGGCGACUUCAACCACCAGGAUGGUCUCGACGACAUGACCGACGCCCUCCUCCGCGGCCAGUUCACCCCCGAGGGCGGCUGGAUCACCUGGUUCCGCGCCCGCGCCCAGAACCGCGCCCAGGACCGCGGCCGAGCCGCCCUCGAGGAGGGCGCCGGCGAGAUCGACCACAACAUCGGUAGUGACAACGACAACGACGCCUCAGCGGGUGACGCCAAUGGCUACGCGCAGCACGCCGGCAUGUCGACCGCUCGCAAUCGUCACGGCCAGAACUGAGCCCCUGGGUCCCGCGGCCGCGCGCUCUCUCGUGUCAAGUCAAUUCCGCUUCGGACUCUACUCUAAACCUCGACCUAGACAAAAUGAUCAAGAAGGUGCCUUUAUACCUCUCGAACGUUGGGCGGAUUGCUCAAGUUUGCAAGAACACAACAGAACAACCUCUUGGCCUA